UUAAAAAAAAUUAUCAUUUUUUUUUAAAAAUGCUUCCUUUAGUGAGUUCGCCUUAGGCCUCCAAAGGCAUUGAGCUGCCACUAGUUAUAUCGUGUGACAUAAAGCAUUAUUUUGUAUCAUUUAGAAAUUUAGGUAUGCACUAAUUGGGCCGGAUUCAACAGUUAUUAGAUAAAAUUAGCACUUAGAGAUUCAGCAAUUGAUACCGCAUCUGAUUCACCACAAUCAGGUCACGGUUGGAUUGGAUCAAGAUCUCUGAUCAUUGACAACCCUCGACGAACGCCCGCUCAUGCCAACGUCAUCCGUGCAAUGGACGCAACUUGACGCUGAAGUAUUUUGGUUCCCAUUAUAUGAUUGCUUGGGCUUCAACAAUGAGGAUGUAUUCUUUUGGAGUCGGUUCGUUGGAAAAUCUAUAGACUUUGACUGAAAGAUCCAAAGAUCCAAACUUGUAUCGUAUCAAAGCAGUUCUCCGCCCGAUCCCAAUUCGUUCACUCCGACCCACUAUCCCAACCGACUCCACCGUCUUUCCAGGCCAAUAUCUGUGAGAAUACUGCCGCUGCCACUACGAACCGGGCCAAAGCCGUCUCCCCGCACCCCGAGAUCCGCGCGCCAGGUGUCCAUGCACUUCCCCAAGUUCCAAACUCGCGCGCCAUUUGUACGCAGCCGGCACGCCAAGCACGCCGCGCACCCACUCAUCGGCACCGCCCAACGCCAAAAGGGUCGGCACCAACGAAACCGAGACCCAGAUUGGGUUCAGUCGGUCAGGACCCAGGAGUCCAAGUCCAGGCCCUGAAUCCCAAGUCAUGGCUUGGCCUGGCACGUGUGCCCCCUUCACAAACCCACCCCACGCCCUCGGCCCUGCACCUAUCCCCGCGCCUCGUCCGCAUCAAUUGCGUGCAUUACUUCGCCUACCACUCCUCCGCAUCUUAACCGCCUCCUCGCUUUCCUCCUCCUCCUCCUCAAACUCUCGCAAUUCCUCCUGCUUCUCUUUUCCUUCCGAUUCUUCUAUCUACUCUUACUACCUCUCUUUUAUCUUUUCCUCCAGAUUCUUCUGUCUACCCUUUCUUUAUCUUCUCCAACCGAAGAAACAGAGGGAGGGAAAAAAAUGCCUACCUUUUCCACUGAGCAGCAGCAGCAGCUACUCUUGUACGGAAAGAACGCUCAUCUCGAUCUCGAUGUCCCUCCAAGAAAGCUUCUCCAUCGCCCUGGCCUCGCCAUUUACGUCCCCGACGACGACCAUGAACAAGAAUCCAAGUUCGAUGAAGAAGAGAAGGAGAUAGACGGAGAGGAAGAAGGGGAGGAGGAGGAGGAAGUGGAUACUUACUCGUGCGACGAGUUCCGGAUGUACGAGUUCAAGGUGCGGCGGUGCAUGCGGGGGCGGAGCCACGAUUGGACGGACUGCCCCUUCGCGCACCCGGGAGAGAAGGCGCGGCGGAGGGACCCGCGACGGUACCACUACUCGGGCGCCAUCUGCCCGGACUUCCGGCGGUCGGGGGCGUGCCCCCGCGGGGACUUCUGCGAGUUCGCCCACGGCGUGUUCGAGUGCUGGCUCCACCCCGCUCGCUACCGCACCAUGCCCUGCAAGGACGGCCGCCGGUGCCGCCGCAAGGUCUGCUUCUUCGCCCACUGCCCCCGCCAGCUCCGCCGGCUCCCCUCCCCCUCCUCUGCCACCGCCACCACUCCCAUCCCCUCCCCUCGUUUGCCUCGCAAACCCUCCUGCUGUGCCGUUUGGCCCGCGGCCUCGUCGCCGACUUCCCCGCUGAUGGCUUUUUCGUCUCCGAUCUCGCCUCCUAUUUCCCCAUCAGGUGGAGCGUUUCCGCUCUCCAGUCAUACUGCUACUGGAAAUAAUCAGAAUAAGAAUAGUACUGGUGGCAGUAGGAGUAGUGGUAGUGGCAGCUACAAGGGGCAUGGAUGCUUGUUUUCUAGUGGGGUGUUGGGCUACGAUUCAGUACUGUACGAGAAGUUGAUGCGUUCUUUGGAGGCGAUGGAGCUUCCUGGAGAUACUGCUGCUGCUGCCUCUGGGAUCAAUGGAAAUAGCCGUCGUUCUUCUCCGAGUUAUGGCCCGAUCCAGGAGAGGGAUUUCGCGGAGCAGCAGAGCAGCGGCAACAGCGGUGGGCCCGACCUGGAAUGGGUGAACGAGCUGCUGAUGUAAUGGCUGGUGAUGAUGUGAUCGUAGCCGUUGGAUCUGUCUGUUUUAUGGUGUACAGCGGGGUGAUUUCUUAUCUGUCACACUGAGGAAGUUUUUUUUUUUUGUUUUUUUCCGACUUGGUUGUUUGUUAACGUAUGCUUACGUUUGAGAUAUUUCUGCAAGUCUGGAACGGUUGGGGAAGAAUCCGUUUUAUGUACCGUCGUCUUUCGUCCUUGCGUUCUGCUUUGAAUUUUUCUUGGAAGAGAAAUAUUAAUGGGAGCUUUGUAGUCAUUUAUAUUCAAAGCA